GCAGCGAACGAGGAUUCGCUGGGUGCGGCAUCCUCAAAUUUCCAUGAGCAGGAGCGGAGAAUGACGAUAACUGUCGUGACAAUAGUAUCUUGUUUCACCAUAACGCAGUUACCCUCUGCAAUGGUUUUUCUUUACGAGAAACUUAUCAGUGACGCGAAGACAGAAACGUUUGCAACUCUGUCGUGCAUCAGCAAUUUCCUUGUUCUAACCGGCAAAAUGCUGAACGUUGUUUUAUUCUGCUUAACAAGCGUUACUUUCAGGAGGAAAUUUUUUGCAACUGUAAGUUUAUGGCUCCGGAAGUUCACUUGUCAGUAUUCGAAUUAUGUGCGACAACGCAGUACGCUAAAUCGUUCAAUUACCCAGAAAUCGUCACUGUUCAGUACGACAUCAUUUCGCAUCCAGAAAUGCCCCGGCCUUUCAGCGCAGGCCGGCUCUCUGAUACAGCCUGAUGAGCAGAAACUUGUCGCAACAGAUUUUAUUACCGAAAAUCAUGAAAUUCUAGCUGAUCAUGUUCAGAAAUUGCACACCAGCCUAUGA